GUUUUCGUAGCCACAGAGACUAAUCAUUUAAAAACGAUCAUAAAUCAGGGGAAGCCACCAUUGUAUGAAAGACGGGACAGAGAUUUUUGAAGACUCACCGGCUUGUGACCUAUCUCAGAAGAUUGAAAUCUAUUUGAAAAGAAGUCGAAGAAAUUGAUUGCUUCAAAAUGAUGAAAUUUGUUUGUACGACAAAUGAAAUCAUAACAAUAGAGCAGGACGGGACUUCUGAAAUACUUGUAGAGCACCAUAUAAAAAAGGUCCAACCUACGCUGUUAGUGAAACUCGAGAAUUUAGACUUACAAAUUCGUUUGGAAUGCACAAAAGAGGAGUUUCUUGAGGAAUUGUCAAUGCACCUUGGGCGCCUUAAAUGUUCCACUGACGAAAUAAAUUUUUUCCUUUUUAACGAUUUUACCAAUGCUAUCCAAGUGGAAGAUCUGUACGAGGAUAUAUUCGCUGAAGCUCGCCGUGUAACUGAAAAGGUGAUACAGCAAAAAGAUUUUAACAACUAUGUUAGAAAAAUGAGAGUAUGUAGACAUGAGAUAAAGUACCUCUAUAGCAUAUGGACGCGAUAUGAUUUAAAUAAUGAGGAGCAGUGGAACAGUAUAGUUGAAGUACUGAAGGAUUUAGACACUCUUGCAACUAGCUUCGAAAAGAAAGGGAAAUCAUCAGGACCAUUGAUAUAUACCAAGUAUGACAAUUCAAAGCUUUCCGACAUAAAAAACUUGAAGGCCAUGAGCAACUCAGAUCAGAUUUCUACGUUUAAAAGUCUUUUUAUACAAACUGAAGAACUUGAUUGUGAACCUGCUGUCAGGUACUUGAAAAAGAAAGUAAAACAAAGCUGUUGGUUUUUAAACAGAAGAGAUGUCGCAGCGAAGAACGACUCAGAAAAUGAGCCUUCAUUUGCAGAGAGGUACAUGAAGAUAAGAAAACAAAGGCGUUCAUUUUUAAAGAGAAGGAAUGUCGGAGCGAAGAACUACUUAGAAGAUGAGGUUUUAACAAAAAGAAACAGUGGAUCCUCUGAAUAUGCCAAAACAGAAGAAGAUCAGCCUUCUACAUCUAUAGAACCAAGUGUUAUAACAAUCGAAGACUCAGAAGAUGAGGUUUCAUCAGCAGAGAGAACAAGUGACGAUAAGUCAGAAGACCAGGGUUCAUCAGCAGAGAGGGGAUCCUCACCAGUUACCCUAAUGGAAGAAGAUCAACCUUCUACAUCUACAGGCCCAGUACUGUUUUCUUUCCGUGAAAGAAAUGUUCCAGAAACGGACGAAAGAGAAUAUCUGGUUUUUCCAGCAGAAAGUAGAACAAAUGUUGUAGCGACCGAAUACUCGGAUGAUCAGGUUUCAUCAGCAGAGAGAACAAGUGACGAUAAGUCAGAAGACAAGAGUUCAUCAGCAGAGAGGGGAUCCUCACCAGUUACAGUAAUGGAAGAAGAUCAACCUUCUGCAUCUACAGGUAGAACAAAUGUUGUAGCGACCGAAUACUCGGAUGAUCAGGUUUCAUCAGCAGAGAGGGGAUCCUCACCAGUUACAGUAAUGGAAGAAGAUCAACCUUCUGCAUCUACAGGUAGAACAAAUGUUGUAGCGACCGAAUACUCCGAUGAUCAGGUUUCAUCAGCAGAGAGAACAAGUGACGAUAAGUCCGAAGACCAGGGGUCAUCAGCAGAGAGGGGAUCCUCACCAGUUACAGUAAUGGAAGAAGAUCAACCUUCUGCAUCUACAGGUAGAACAAAUGUUGUAGCGACCGAAUACUCGGAUGAUCAGGUUUCAUCAGCAGAGAGAACAAGUAACGAAGACUCAGAAGGCAAGGGUUCUUCAGCAGAGAGGGGAUCCUCACCAGUUACAGUAAUGGAAGAAGAUCAACCUUCUGCAUCUACAGGAACAACUGUCGUAGCGACCGAAUACUCGGAAGAUCAUGUUUCAUCAACAGAGAGAGUAUCCUCAACUGUUACCCUAAUGGAAGAAGCUCAACCUUCUACAUCGAAAGGAACAACUGUUGUAGCGGCCGAAUACUCGGAAGAUCAUGUUUCAUCAACAGAGAGUGGAACCUUUGAAUAUGCCAAUACAGAAGAAGAUCAACCUUUUACAUCUAUAGAUGGAUCCACUGAAUAUGCCAAUACAGAAGAAGAUCAACCUUCUACAUAUAUAGAUGGAUCCUCUGAAUAUGCCAAUACAGAAGAAGAUCAACCUUAUACAUAUAUAGAAGAAACCUCAAAUAAUUAUAUGAUGGAAGAAGAUCAACCUUCUACAUCUACAGGAAUUAAUGUUGCAGCUACCUACGACUCAGAAUGUGAGAUUUUACCAGAAGAAAGAACAUAUGAAACUCCGGAAAACUCGGAAUCUGCAAAUGCUCCAAUUGCAGGAGAGGAAGUCCUUGUUGACCCCGUCGAAGAGAUGCUCCUAUCCGUGGUGACUGAUACAGUUGAUCCGGAAAGUAUCCCAGAUCCAGAGCCAGAAGAAGAGCCGGUCCUUAUUGAUUUAACCGAAUCAGAUUAACUAUAUAGUUAUUAUUAAGUGUGCAGUUGUAGCCACACAUUUAGUUGUAGUAAUGUAGCAACUGUAGUUACUGUAUUUGUAAUAAUCAUGCAUCUAUGGAUAAAUAAAUUGUAAAA